GUCAUCAAGUCCAUUUAGUCCCACCUGCGGUGAUCUUCCAGAACAGUCUUCAAAAGUUUUCCCGGAGGGAGAACGUGAGGCUGGCCCGUGUCUGCUGCUGGACCACAGUAGAACAUCUUUUUCGAAGAAUGUAUAGGAGCCCGCUUUAUAUUGUUAUUUUUGGUUUGAUUUUGUCGUUCACAUCCACUGCUGUUGUUCCUCGGGCUGGCCUUGACUUGGGAGACAUUAGGACCCGGCGGGAAGUCAGUUGCAAAAAUGGGGAGUACCCAAACAACAACAUCUGCUGCUUAAACUGCCCAGCUGGUACCCAUUUGAAGUCAGCCUGCACUACGCCAGGUGAAAAGGGGCAGUGUGAGGAAUGUGCAGCUGAAACACACAUGGAACAUGCCAAUCACCUUGCCCAAUGUUUCACAUGCACACUGUGUCGUUCAGAUCAGGAAAUUGUCCGGUCUUGUAGCCACACUCAGAACACAGAAUGUCAGUGCAAAGAAGGAAGAUUUUGUGUACCUGAUCAACCAUGUGAGAUGUGCAAAAAGUGUUCAAGGUGUGGGAAGGAUGAAAAGGUUGUUCGAAACUGCACUGCUACUUCAAACACUGGGUGCAAGAAAAUCCCAUUGCAGUCUGUCUCUACCUCAGUGGACGCUGUCUUUAGUGUCUUCAUCGUGCUGCCCAUUUGUUUAGCAUUGGUUGGCAUUUGCUGGUAUAAGAGGAAACGGGCCGGAGGUUCUGAAGCAAACGAACUGAAAGCUGAGCAGAAUGUGCAGGAGAGGAAGAACGAAGAAACCCAAAGGCCGGGAUGCUCCAGUCUGAUCUUUUCUCAGUCACGGGUGAGAGUUCAAACCUCAGCCGCUAUGGAGGAUGAGUGUCAAGCGUUGUGUGAAAGCCGCAACAGCUCUGCCAGUAACUCCCAACAAAACCUAACCAGCCUACCCCCUGCCCGCCUUCCCGCCUCUGCCCACCAAGCCUGCCUGAUCGCCAGUCAACCCAAUUUGAGGGAGAAGGAGGAGCCUUUUCCAGAGCUGAUUCCUGCCAAUGGUGAAGAGUCUCUCAGGAAGUGCUUCCAGUAUUUUGAGGAAGUAGACCUCGAUUACUACAAGAGAUUCUUCCGUCAGCUUGGCCUGAACAGCAAUGUGAUCAAAAGCAAAGAUCAACUUCGCUACGAUGAGAAGAUUCACGAGUUGUUGAACAUCUGGUAUGAGAAAGAGGGCAAAGAUGCAAGUUUAAAUGACCUGCUGACAGCAUUACUUGAGUUUGAUCAAAGACGAACAGCUGAGAUUAUCAAGGAGAAAGCCUUAGGAAAUGGUCUUUACAUUUUAAAGAAGUAAUUAGAAGUUAUUCUCUGUAGUUACUUUGCAUACUCCUGAUUAGAUGACUGGAUGUGGUGUAUGGUUUUGUACAUGCAAUGGUAUGGUGACGAGAGGUACGUCUUCAAAGUCUUUGGAGACAUGCACUGUUGUAUUUUAUGCUGUACUGUAUGCUGAUCGGAAAUGCAGGAUCUCUGUGGUGGUUCAAAAACACUGAGCAACAGAACAAAUAUGCUUGGGGGGGAUGUACUUAAGAUGCAAUUUGAAUUCAAAUGUCUGUUGAAAGCAUUUCAGUUAACUAUCAAGUAUUUUGUUUAUUUUUUUACUGUGACAGUGGCUAAUUUGUUCCUUCAGAUUUCUCAGUAAUGUCUAUUGGCUGAGCAAGUGAACAUGUGUCAAGGUUAGUUGAUUUAUCACUGGAUUAGGAAAUGUUAUGCAAAAGUGUAGGAUUAUUUACAUAAUUUUUUUUUUUGCAUAUUUUGGAUAAGUCUGCAGUGUUUUACAGAGCAUGUCUUACGUUGUUUAUCGACCAAAAUGUACAGUAAGAUGUUUGCUGUGCAACGUUUUGCUUUAGUUACUUUUAGUUAUUGACAUAAUUGAUCAAAUGAAAUGCACUAUGGCUGUUUCACUAACAUAUACAGUAUGUCAGUUACUCCACCCACCCUAAAUGCUUACGCAAUCCUUUUUAAUGAAAGUGGCUAAAUGGAAUCCCUUUGGCAAACCUUCCCACAUGGAAAUCUUUUUGUGUUAACUUAUUGUCCGUUUGAGUUCUAAGCACAUUUUCACACUUCUGAAGGAGGGAAGUUUCUCAAUGGGCACUUUGCUAGUGUGAAGCUGCAUAAUGUAGAGUCAUUAAUGACUGCUGAUGCCUUUUAUCAUGCUUAAAAUGUUUAACAUGGUUGAGAGUAUUUAUUUUUUUUAAAGGGGGCUCUCAGUUUUAGGUUAAAAUGUUAAGUUAUAUGAUGCUGCUAUGAAUGUACAUGUACCUCUGGAGUUUGAAGAAAGUUAUGAAUUAUGCCACUUGUGAUGGUACAAACACAGGACUCAAUGUUGCAGCCACUUGAAAAUCUAUUUGAAGUCUGAUAUUUUUCAACAUUGGCUUGUAGACAUUCCAUAUUUAUAAAUCCUGUGGGGUCUGUUAAAGAUCUUUUCUUGAUGUGUGUUGAAGUACAACUGGAACAAUAAAAAUACUUCAUAAAAUUG